AUGCAAAGUCCAAAUAACCUCUAAUUAUUGACUAAAAUGAAAAGGUGUCGUAAAAAUAUGAUUAAAUUAUAAGAGAAAAUUAAUUUACUAGCAACUAUCAUUGAUCAAUAAUCAAUUCCUUCUCAAAAAGAUUUUUAAUAGAAUCUUCCACAUACAGAAUAAAAACCAGACAUAAUUAUUGAUGAUGAUGACAGUGUUGAGAUAAUUUUAAGUUUAAAUGAACUUGAACCUGUCAAUUAAUAAUAAGAUCUAAAACCAAUAGCAAAGAAAUUAAUUUCCAGGUUUUAUUAUCAUAUUGGUGAAAAAAUGAAAGAGAGUUCUCUUAAUCAAUUAUAAGCCUUAUAGUUAUUGUGUAAUAAGGAGUUCAAAGAUAAUCCUUAUAAAUAACUUUUUCAAGGUUUUCAAAAGCUUUAUAUCAAUACUGAAUUAAAGUGCAAAUAGUGUAAUCAUUAAUUCUCAAAUCUAUAAUAAAGUUCAAAUCAUGUUCUUUAUAGUCAUUUAAAUGACUUAUCUAUUUUUAUAUGCAUCUAAUGUAAAUUGACAUUUCAGAAUUAAGAUAAACUAGAUAAUCAUAUAAUCUAAUUACAUCAUUUAAAUAAUAAUAUUCCUAAUACAUAAAUCAAUUUAUAAUAAAAACCUGAAAAUCAAGUCUAAAAACAGCCAAUCAAUGAAAUCAAUAAAAUUAAUUAGAUUCCUGAUCUUAAUUAAAUCAAUCACGAAGUUCCACCUUAACCAAUUAUGUAAAAGAUUUUUAUUCCAUCUGAAUAUACUCAAACAAAUAAUCAUGUCAAGUAAUAAGAUUAACCACCUAUUAAAUAACCAUCCUUAUAAUCUAAAAUCAAAAUUAUUAAAAAAUAAUUUUUUAUUGCACCUGAAAACUUUAAAGAAGAAUAAAAUUUGUUAGAAAAUUUAGAUGAUGAAGUCCUUUCUAAAAAUAAUUAGAAACCAUAAAAAAUUAAAAUAAAAUUAGUAACUAAAACAAAUCAAUCAUUCAGUAAUUGA